AUGGAGUACUCAAAGCUUCCCAUAUUUUUCAUUCCUGCGUCUAUUCGACGUCGUUUAUCAAGAUAUGGCUAUACGAAGCCAUACGCAUCUCAUAGAGUUGAAUCUGUGGCUCUACAUCGUGGUUUCAUAUCUUCAUCCGAGCCACACCUUCCAUGUCUUGACCGGUUACCUGAUGCCGUCGAUGCUGAAGCCGAGCGACCUUCAGCUACCAUCGUCGAUCCACAGACAUUUAGUUCUGGCUCUGGAUCAGAUGGAGUCGAAAGGGGCGAGUUUCCCGCAAAAUACGAAAAGGGUUCUGGCUUACGAUGGAAUAGAAUCUUGCCAGCAUUGAAUCUCCUUCGAAACGCUGGAUAUGAAGGACAGCAACCACAGGCUGACAGCCGUCUUGCUCGAUCACUUUAUAUCAACGCUCUAAUGUAUCUGCUAGAUGCUUUACCUCAAGACCUAACUCAAGAGGAAGCAUUAAUGCUUCAAUAUCGCCUACCAGCCACUAUCAAGGAAUCGAUGACCGCAUCCCCACAUCACAACAUGAUAGGCUUCGAAGAGGGAAUGAAAACAAACCAGCUGCCACGCUCCAAGUCUUAUCUGCACAGGUUUCUGGCCACCGUCAUCAUUCAAAUCUUUAUUAUCGUGCAGUUUCUUUUACCGUAUCUCAGGUCUAUUUUGCGCCAAAUCUAUGAAUACGAGCGAUCGCAUCACGUCACUCAGCGAAUUAUGACGAGUAUAUUACGUGCUGCAGAUGGGUUGGGCAAGAACAGUGUGAAUGUUGGAGCGGCAAUUUGCAAAUUCAAUGAGGGCAGGGUUGCUACUGUUGUGGGAAGUCUAGCCGCUUGGUGGAUUGAAGGUAUAGCAGGAGGGAUUUAUGAAGGUGUUGGCGAGGGAAUGAUGUAUUUGGGGCUGCUACAACCAGGAAUAGAGCUUGAUAGAUUGGUACAGAUAGAACAGAAUUAG